GAGCCCAGCGCUUGCUGUUUGGUCUGCGAGAGGCAGCUGACAUUUUGGAAGGAAAUAGCUGCUGUUGGCUCCUUCCUGUAGCAGGGCAGCCCGUGGAGCAGCAGCGCUGGGCUGUCCCUGCGGGCGCAAACCCUUUGCCAAGAGGCAGGAUCCCCCUCGGUGCCCAGGGUCGGGGUGCCCAGGUGGCUGGCAAGGCGCUGCCAGGGCGGUGCAUGGGGCAGGGCAGAGCGAGGAGAACACCUGUUCCUGCCGUUCUGAACAAUGGCCGUGUGGAUCCAGGCCCAGCAGCUGCAGGGAGAGGCCCUGCGCCAGAUGCAGGCACUGUACGGCCAGCACUUCCCCAUCGAGGUGCGGCAUUACCUGUCGCAGUGGAUCGAGAGCCAGGCAUGGGACUCCAUCGACCUCGAUAACCCCCAGGAGAACCUCAAAGCCACCCAGCUGCUGGAGGGGCUGAUCCAGGAGCUGCAGAAGAAGGCGGAUCACCAAGUGGGCGAGGACGGGUUCCUGCUGAAGAUCAAGCUGGGGCACUAUGCCACGCAGCUGCAGGUCGGUGCCCGGAGCCGCAAUGGGGCAGCCGUGCCCUGCCAGGGGCCGGCCACUCCCACUGGGCGCUCCCCCGUGGGCUGA